AUCUUUACAAUCCCGGGACGGGGGCGGUGCUCGCUUUCUCAAUAUUUCACCCGGUUACCACACGAAUUGGGAGCAGAUCCCGGACAGCCGAUCGGCCCCGUUUUUAGUUCACACUGUGUUUUCAUUUCAUGAUUGAAUGUGGGUUGGCGGAAGAAUGUGUUUUGGGAGUCCCCGUCUCUCCGGAGCGUCCUUGUGAGCGCCGUUUAAUCGUACCAGGAUCAGGAGCCCUCUUUGCUGGACUCGCCAAGCCGCCAGGAAUCAAAACGGACCCUAGGAGCGAUGAGGAGGAACUACUCUGUUGGAGUCUUCUUACUCGGCUGUAGAAUAUCCCUUUUUCUCAGUGUUGGCCAGUGUAAGGAGGUUGACAAUGCUGCAAGAACUCGACAGGCCCCAAUGUCGCCCUCCGAUUUCCUGGACAAACUGAUGGGACGAACAUCGGGAUAUGAUGCCAGAAUAAGACCAAACUUUAAAGGUCCGCCAGUCAAUGUUUCCUGUAACAUUUUCAUCAACAGCUUUGGUUCCAUUGCAGAAACCACCAUGGACUAUCGGGUAAAUAUCUUCCUUCGCCAGCAGUGGAAUGAUCCCAGGCUUGCCUACGCUGAGUAUCCAGAUGACUCUCUGGACCUGGACCCCUCAAUGUUAGACUCCAUUUGGAAGCCGGAUCUUUUCUUUGCCAAUGAGAAGGGAGCCCACUUCCACGAGGUUACCACAGACAACAAGUUGCUCCGCAUUUUUAAGAAUGGAAAUGUUCUAUAUUCUAUAAGACUGACAUUAACUCUGUCAUGUCCCAUGGAUCUCAAAAACUUCCCCAUGGAUGUUCAGACCUGUAUUAUGCAGUUAGAAAGCUUUGGUUACACCAUGAACGACCUGAUCUUUGAGUGGCAGGAGAAUGGACCGGUCCAAGUGGCUGAAGGACUGACACUUCCACAGUUCAUCCUUAAAGACGAAUCAGACCUCAGAUACUGUACCAAGCACUACAACACAGGUAAAUUUACUUGUAUUGAGGUGCGGUUCCACUUGGAGCGUCAGAUGGGUUACUACCUUAUCCAAAUGUACAUCCCAUCUCUGCUGAUUGUCAUUCUGUCUUGGGUCUCCUUCUGGAUCAACAUGGACGCGGCCCCAGCUCGAGUGGCGUUGGGCAUCACUACUGUCCUCACAAUGACAACACAGAGCUCAGGCUCCAGGACAUCACUGCCCAAGGUCUCUUAUGUCAAGGCCAUCGACAUCUGGAUGGCGGUUUGUCUUCUCUUUGUCUUCUCGGCGCUAUUGGAGUACGCUGCCGUUAAUUUUGUUUCAAGGCAACAUAAAGAGCUGCUCCGAUUCAGGCGGCAUCCCAAGAAGAGCAAGAACAGUGGAGGUGCAGUUGAUGCAGGUCAACUAGCCGAAUCGCUCCAUCGUGUUAAUACCGACAACGGCCUCAAGUCAUCAGAGCCUCUCUAUGGAUCUGUGACCAACAUCUCCAGCGCCAACUACAGGGAAGGGGAAACGCACGAGACCGGGCUGACCUCCGCAGCCGCUGUAACCUCCACUCCCAGCAACAGCAAGGACUCCAAGGCCAGCAUGAACAACACUGUCACCGUGCUGAACGCUCCAGGAGCCACGGCUAACAUGGCCCAACAUCCCCUGGGAGUGGCUGCCAUUGGGGGGGGCAAAAGCAUCGAGGAAAUGAGAAAGUUAUUUAUUGACCGAGCCAAAAAGAUUGACACGGUAUCAAGGGCGGGUUUCCCCCUGGCCUUUCUCUUUUUCAAUAUAUUCUACUGGGUUCUUUAUAAAAUCCUUCGCCAUGAGGAUGUACACAAGUCGUAGAGAAAGAAAGAAAGAAUAUUGUACAUUGUAUACAUGUGGAGUGCACACACACACACACACACACACACACACACACACGUUUGUACUGCAGCUCACACACUCUUCCUCUACCGUAUAACCUGUGACCUUUGACUUCACGUUCAAACAUUCGUCACUAAGAUCCACAGACGGGACGACACAACAGUAGCCAUGAAUUGGAGUAGUUGGCACAACACUUCAGAUUCUUUAUGAUCCAGUAGUGAUAAUAUUUUGGUAUCAUGACCACAUCCAUGGUCUUAAUGCCCACUUAUAAUGAAGUGCCUCCUUGUGUUUAUUAUUUAUUAUCACUUAACUUUAUCAUGAUCGCUCAACAGCUGACACUUGAAAUCGGGCAGCAGCGUUGCCACAGGAAUAAUAAUUAUUUUAUUUGUAUGAUCAUUUCACACUCAAAUUCCACAAAUCCCGUAAUGGAGGCUAAUUGCACGUCUUUCAGAUAAAUGGCUGUUAGCAAACACUAACAGGGUACAUGAUGCCGAUGUUGGGCAAUGUCUCACGUGCCUCUUUGCAGCCAGUCAAGGCGCCAUGUAGCAUGGAAACACCAAAUGUCAACAAAAUGGACGUUAUUAACUGAUGAGGUAUUUGUGAUGCAGGCCUUCAUACAUGAUCACAUGGGACUGAUAUUCCACCACAUGCGGGGGCACUGUUGUGCAGGGGCAGCUUUACAGUAGUAGCGUAGUCGAAGGUCCUGAGCGAUGUCAAAUCAGGUAUGUGUGAUCAAUUUCAUAUUCAAAAAAUGCUCAUUUUAAUAUUCUGGGACCGUAAUUGACAACACUAUCGGACAGCGGCCAAAUGAAGUAAUGGCUGUCAUCAGCCAUUUUCUAUGUUUUCUAUGUCAUCGUCUUUGCAUACCUCUAGUGUUUUAUUUUUUACUCUACUACUAGUACUUUCCGUGAGUUUGUCAUUUGUGUAGAGGCAUAUGUACUGUGUACACCAUCAGUUGAAAUACAGUAUUUCAAUGAUUUGGAAUGGACUGACUUGAAUUGCUUUUAUAUACAACCUCUAUAUGGAACCUGCUAUAGUUGAAAUAACCCAGCCGUGUAGUUAAUAUGAACCCAGCGUUGGGUCAUUUGAACAACCCAAUGUACAACCCAAUUGUUGGGUUAAGAGAACCAACCCAACUUGUUGGGUUAAAAUAACCCAACGCGAGGUUGGUCCUAUAUUUAACCAGCGUUGGGUUGAAAAACAACCCAGAUUGGGUUGUUUUUAACCCAGCAUUUUUAAGAGUGUAGUAUUCGCCCUGCUUACUGACAUUUUUUUAGUUUACCUUGAAAAUGUUUGCAUAUAUUUUACGGUUAAAUGAACAUUUAAGCUUCUGUUACCGUCACUGAAGACAUGAUUGUUGCCAAAGACACAACGUGGCAGCAAGACAGGAUGUGGACACCACAUUGGUGUUUUGACCCCCCCCCCACCUGCUCAAUGAACGCAUGCAUCCCUGUCCAGGCUGGUGAAAAGCACUCCCCACGAUAUAGCGUCCCAUUUCCUACGCUGUACAUAUUCCUACUGAGGGACGGUGUCCCGCCCUUCCCUUGUUGCCUCCCGUUUGUGGCGGCAACUCAAGAUGCACGCCAGCCCUUUUGGCAGGUGACCUGCUUUUGAAUACCUCACUGCCAUUAGCACUAAAUAUGAACAAUGCACUUCGGGUAAGGAACUUGACUAAAAAUAAACUAAAACUUUGUUCCAGCUCUUCCUGUUGCACUUACACCUUCAGAAUACACGUUGUUCUUUCUAAUGCGAUAUAUUAUUAAAUAUUACACUAACUGUCAUUUACUACCUGACUUAGAUUGUAAUUGCAUUUCCAUGAUUCAUUUUAAAAAGCAUUUCACAAUAGCAGUACAAAAUGAAGAGAGUAUUUUUUGGUAUGAGGAAAUGAUGGGCAGGUCUGCGAGCUGAGAGGUGUCGGCAGUUUGAAUAAGGCUUGCUACAGGAAGGACAAUUGUCCAUCAUUUUCCAUCAUACUUCAUGUGGUUGAUGUUUUUUUUUAUACAUGUUCAGUUUCUUACAUUCAACAAAGGCUUCUAGGUAUAUUAGAUGGACUGGUUUAUCCUUUGCUGCCACGCAAAUCAAGACCUAACAACAAACAAACAGCACAGAAUCUACCCUCCUCAGGCCACAAGCCACCUCCUCCUCUCUUCUGACUUCGGCCUGCCGUCGAUUCUCAUCCUCCUGGACUCCACUGCUACUUUUGACAAAGUCAACCUUCCCAUUCACGCAGAAAAUCACAUUACAUCACAUCACAGACCGGAAACAGCUCCUCAACUGCCCCCCUCUCCAAAGGCAUCCCUCAGGGUUUAGUGCUUGGUCCUCUCCCCUUCAUCCUCUACCUCCUUCCCCUCGGUCAGAUUAUCCAUCGCCAUGGUCUCCAACUUUCCAUAUCCACUAAAUUCAUCAACCCUCAGACCCGUUCUUCUGUUUUUUCUGAUAUUAGCUUCUGGAGGUGAACACAUAUCCUUCAACUCAACUGUAGCAAAUAUGGCAUCGCUCUCCUCUACGGCCGCUCCUUUGACCACUCUACCCUCUGACCCCAUUGCCGGAACCUUGGAGUCAUCUUGGACAGUAAACUCACCUUCCCCACCACCUCAACAUCCCCCGCCUUCACCCUUCUCUCUUUCCCCGCAGCUGAAAUGCAUUCAUGCAUUCAUGCAUUCUUGCAUUCAUGCAUUCAUGCAUUCAUGCAUUCAUGCAUUCAUGCAUUCAUGCAUUCAUGCAUUCACAUCACACAUGGACUACUGUAACAGCAAUCUUAAUGGUUAAUUCUAAGCACAAUAUACUGAGGGACGACUAGUUGUUUCAGUUAUAAUACAACUCGUCCUAAUGCUGUUGGGCUGUAGUGUUUUUGUAUCCUUGUUCAAACAGAUUGCUCCUGCCGUCAUCCUACUCAUUAAAGCGAAGAUUCGGUAAGCCGGGUAGCUGCUUCUUCUUCUAUUGUUGAUUGGCAGUUAGCAAGCACCUCACACAGCUAGCCUGCUCUUGACUACUGACCACAACAGGAAACGCUACGAAGAAGAUUGACUG